AUGCAAGACACUAAUGACUGUGUCCCGGAAAUGAUGACCGAGUUAAAGCCUCAUCGACCUAUUCCCUAUGCAGUUCUCAAAGUGCAGUUUCGCCGACUGGUGUCUCAACACGACACUAACCACCAGGGCGCAAUAUUGACCAAGAAUCUUCUUGUUCUGAUCGACGACUACGAACUCGAGAACGACGUCAUGCUGCUAACAGACGAACAAAAGAGAGCAAUUGAACCUUACUGUCUCAAUAACCCCGACCUGGAGAUGAAUCCAGACGAUAUCCUCAACCUGAUCAAACUCAUCUUCCCACCCUCGCCUGUCGCGUCCAUUUCUGCUCCUACUCGAAAGAGCUCCUAUCCCAGACUCUUGCCCCGUAAGAGCCAAGAGGCACUCUCUUCUCGACCCAGAACCUCUCCACCCCUAAAACAUCCCAUAAUAAAUCCCUGGAAGCGUAGAGCUUCUGUGGGUCUAACUAUUGCUGUUCAUCAAGAAGUGCCUGAACCAGAAAUGGAAAUAGAGGGCCCAAAAGAGCAAAAUAGCCUCGUGCCAGUCCAAGAAUCAGAGGAUCAAUCAAUUGAAGUAGUCCAUGAUACAGACAAAAUUCAAGAAGAGGAAGAGGAAGAGGAAGAGGAAGAAGAGACUAUUGUUACCCCUCAGAAAUCUUUUGCAGGCUAUUACCGUAGAUCGAUAGAACUCACUCGCCGACUAAAGUCAUCCGAGAGAAGCUUGGCUUCGAUGACACGUGACAAUGAAGAUCGUAUCGUGCUAUUACAGAACAGAGUUGAUGACAUGAAUCAAGAGGUGAUAAAACAAAAACGGGAAAUUCUUGAGUACAAAGGAAAAGAAAAGAACAGCCUCGAGCAGAUUUGCACGCUGGAGUCUCACAUUGCCAAUAUCCAACGCUCAGAAACAGACCAAAAGCAAGUUCAUUUGUCAAUCAAGCGGCUCUUUGAUGAGAAAUGCCAGGAAACACAUAAGCUUCAAGAGAUGCUUCGACAAAAGGAACUUGAUCUUGAAAAGACUGAACAAUUUCUCAGUAAUUUCCAGCAUGAAUUUGAUCAACUGAACAAAGAGCGCAAUCGAUUGAUGGGUCUUCAGAACAACCUCGAACAGGAGCUGUCAACAUCCCAUCAGACGCACAUGCAGCUAGCCGAACAGCGGUCGGAAAACGAGCGGCUAAAAGAGAUCAUCGACAGUCUAAAGGACGAUCUUGAUGAAGCCAGGAACAACAGACAAGGAGAUUCAAGUAACAGCAAUAGUACAAUUGGCAGUCACAGUCCCCACAUGUCUGAUAGUGAAACCACAUCUCUAUUAAAAGUAAUAACAUUGGAAGCAGAAUUAGAAGGACGUCUGCACAUGAAUGAAAAUGUUGAACAGGUAACAUUUACAGAAGAACGCUUGAGAUCAAUAGAAGGCGAAAAAGACUAUUAUAAAACUCGGGCCAACGAAGCAGUGGUUGAUCUCGAAAAGGCCAAAGAGGAGCUGAGUCAACUCAAAAAGGCUCUUGACUAUGAGAGUCAAAGUUUGGUGAGCGAAUUGGCUGAUCUGCGGAUGAAAUUACCCGACCGUCGAAACACAACAGACGGUAGCCAUGCCCAUAGCAUAAAUUAUGAUAGUAGCCCUAUCAGUUCAGAUACACAGCAAACUGGAUUAAACCAAGAAGCAAUAGCAGCAGCAGCAGCAGCAGUUGAAACACAAGGAGUGGAAAUAGAAGUAGAGGGAGGAGAGAGUUCAAUGGAAGCUGUCAUUGAUCUUAGUCAAGUGAUGGAUCCCAUACCAUCAGUAUCACACUCGGCAGUAGUCAGCAUACGAUCAGUAGAUGAGACUGCGAUUGAGAUGAAUAUCCCACUACCGACCGAUGUCUGGGCACAAUCAAGGGUGCGGCAACGAAAGCUGGAAAAGGGAAAAAAGACCAGAGGUGUUCAAGACUUGAAUGAGUCUACUGCCUAUCCAGUCAAGACAUUGCCACGCAUGGACUCUAGGGCAAUUCGACAGGCCAAUGACAAGAUUGUCACAAAUACGGUGACCUUUGCGCUCUAUACCCUUUUGGUCUAUAUCUUUGGGAUCGUAACCUCGACAUUCCUCAUCGAGAAUGGGCCACCCGGUACCUGGGAACAUGCACUAGCUGCAGCCAGCACACAACCAAAAAGCAAGAUUCUCGAGAUCCUUAUCUACUGGAUCGAAAAGCUCUUGUUUGAAGGUGAAGGCAUCGGAAUCCCCUAG